CUAUACGUGAAUUGUACACGUGUGUGUGUACACGUACGUGUUUAAAAAUAAUGAUAAAUCGUUAAAAACAAACUAGCUAUAUAAUGAUUAUCAUACUCCUUUGGAUAUUGCUACUGUUGCUCUCUAUAGCCGUCGCUUUGUUUGUUUGUUUGCGACAUUGGCUGCAAAACAAGAAAAAGAAAUUGCAUGCAUCGACAUCAGAUAAUAGGGUUUAUGUUGGCAUUUUCCAUCCCUACUGCAACUCGGGGGGUGGUGGCGAGCGUGUCUUAUGGUGCGCCGUGCGUGCUUUGCAGGAAAAAUACCCCAAGGCCAAGAUGGUUAUCUACACGGGAGACAUAGACGCGUCCCCAAAUUCCAUACUGGAGAAAGCCAAGAAUGUCUUUAACAUUGCGCUUGAUAGCGACAACGUAGAGUUUGUGUUUUUGAAGCAACGCAACUGGAUAGAGUCCAAAACCUAUCCGCACUUUACGUUAUUGGGCCAAAGCCUGGGAUCGAUGGUGUUGGGAUUAGAAGCACUUUGCAAGUUCCCUCCGGAUAUCUUUAUUGAUACCAUGGGAUACGCUUUUACUUUUCCUCUCUUCCGAUAUUUGGUUCAGGCUAAAAUUGGAGCCUAUGUGCAUUAUCCAGUGAUCAGCACCGACAUGCUGAGGAGAGUGCAAAGCCGGCAAUUGGCACACAACAACAAAAAAUACGUGGCGAGAAAUCCAUUCCUGACAUGGGCCAAAUUGGCCUACUACCGCUUGUUCUCCAAAAUGUAUAGAUGGAUGGGACGUUGCGCUGACACAAUUAUGGUAAAUUCCACAUGGACUGAGAAUCACAUACUUCAAUUAUGGGAUGUGCCUUUCAAAACGCAUCGCGUAUAUCCUCCCUGUGAAGUGAGCCAUCUUAAGAAUCUGCCGCACUCGGAGAAAAACGAUGAAGUUAUCAUCUUAUCUGUGGGACAGUUUCGCCCGGAAAAAGAUCAUCCACUGCAACUGCAAGCUAUGUAUGAGCUAAGAACUCUGCUGGCACAAGAGGAAUCCCUCUGGAACAAGAUACGACUAGUCAUUGUGGGCUCCUGCCGGAAUAAAGAUGACUACGACAGGCUGAAAAACAUGGAAGACUUAUCAAAGCACUUGUCGCUGGAGAACUGUGUUCAAUUUCAUGUGAAUGUUUCCUAUGACGAUCUUUUGAGACUAUUUCAAAGUGCUCAUAUUGGCAUACAUACCAUGUGGAAUGAACAUUUUGGAAUUGGAAUUGUUGAAUGUAUGGCAGCUGGUCUCAUAAUGGUGGCUCAUAGAUCUGGAGGUCCUCUACUCGACAUCAUUGAGACCUCUGAAGGCAGUCAAAACGGAUUUCUCGCAACUGAUGCAGUUGAGUAUGCGGAAAAUAUAUUGAAUAUAAUUCUUGAUUCGUUUGACACGAAUAGAAUAAGGAAUGCGGCACGAUCAUCGGUGGAAAGAUUUUCUGAACAAGAAUUUGAAAAAGGCUUUUUACGAGCUACUUCAACCUUGUUUACAGACGCAUAAACCAACAAGGAAGAGUAUUUCGAAACGGGAAGAGAUCCAGUCUACCCUAGUAGGACGUAGAACAUAAAUAAUUAGGGCAUUAAGCCCCAACCGUUAAA